ACAGCCAUCACUGCCACGUGGACCUGCACAAGUGAGGAGCUCCUGCUCUCCAUGCUCACCCCAGAGUGCUGGUCAUCUGGGACGCUGACACCCGUCUCUGCCCCAGCUUUAGGAACAAGGCUGGGCCCUGCUGUUCGCGCCCCCCUGGAUGUGCUGAGCACCUGCUGGCAUGAAGUUUGUCCUCCAGUAUGUGGGCUGCUUUUUUGCUUUUUUCUCUGCUGGGUUUUUGAUAAUAUCUACCUGGACAGACUGCUGGAUGGUGAAUGCUGAUGACUCCCUGGAGGUGAGUACCAAAUGCCGUGGCCUGUGGUGGGAAUGUGUCACAAACGUUUUUGAUGGGAUCCAAACUUGUGAUGAGUACGACUCCAUCUACGCUGAGCAUUCUGUGAAGCUGGUGCUGACACGAGCCAUGAUGAUAACAGCAGACAUCCUGUCAGGAUUUGGGUUUCUCUUCCUGGUCCUAGGACUGGACUGUGUGAAGUUCCUUCCUGACGAGCCGCUCAUCAAGCUGCGCAUCUGCCUGGUGUCUGGGGUUCUGUUGCUCCUUGCAGGUCUCCCUGGCAUCACGGGCUCCGUGUGGUACGCUGUGGAUGUCUACGUGGAGCGCUCCUCCCUGCUCUUCCACAACGUCUUCCUGGGCAUCCAGUACAAGUUUGGGUGGUCCUGCUGGCUCGGCAUGGCGGGGUCACUGGGCUGCUUCUUGUCUGGGUCCCUGCUGACCUGCUGCAUGUACCUCUUCAGAGAGACCAGUUCUGGAAGAUUCCAUUCUGCCUACUCCUUGAGGAAGGGCUAUUCCUCAGCUGCGACCGUCGUAACAAACGUGCACUUGCCACCCUCACAAACAGCCACCUCCAAAAUGUAUGCAGUGGACACAAGGGUGUGAGGAGGAGGUAAGUGCUCCAGAAAGAGCUCUGCAUUUCUAGUGGAUUGCACAGAGAUUCAAGCUCUUGUGGUUGUGAUACAGAUGCAAUUGAAUUUCAAGGAUCUACUGUAUGCUACAAUAUUUGCAUUAUGAGAGCUUCAAAACACCUUUCCUUCAAAAAGGUAAACUCUGAGAAGAUCCUGCUUUCUGGAAUCCUCUUGUCUUGAGUGCUGAGGCCACUUGCAUAAGCAUGGACUGAAAUAACCAACAUAAACUCUUUUCAGCAUGUGUCUCAACACUAUUGGUAGAAGUGAGAUAAAUCAGCCAUUCCUGAAUCAGACUGCAGUGUUCUGCAUGAAGAUCCCCAAACUGCAAGAUGGAUCUGUUCCAUGUCUGGCAGUGUGUCAACAGAGUGUACCAAGGAGAAAAUCCUGGCAAAGGGAGGGACUGACUGUCUGACCAACAUCUGCACCCUGUGCGCUCAGCAUGGGGGUCUGCCCCUCUUACAGGCAGCUGGGGAGAUUUUCAGGAUAAGAGCUGUGUUAAAUGUCUGACCCUCUCUUUGGUCCAUGAACCUCUGCACUGAGGAAAGACUGUAAAUGCAGAUGCACUCUUCCCUGAAAAAUACAGUCCUUCUCAGCCAGUGUUAAAAGGUACACUACAGAUGCUCUAAACUCACGGAAAUCUGGAAAUUGCCAGCUUCAUUCUGCUUAAU